CGAGAAACACUCACUUACAAUCGUAUCUGCACCGAUCACAGGUGCUUGGAUAGCUUGAGCAGAAACCAAGCAUUUCGAGAGGAUAAAAAUGCGCGAGGUCGAGGGAAGAGAGGGAGAGCUCAACUUUUGAUCUCUGCAUUUCUUUUGACAACAGCACGGACUCCCUCCGUCCAUCACCCACGCACGCGACAAGAACCCGCCGCCGAUCAUCCAACCACAUCUUCGUCAAAGACAGAUCUACCUUGAACUCUUCCACUUGCAACAAAUUGUACAUCUCCCUGAUCCGCACGACCUUCUGUUCUUGUCGCGUUUAACGAGCAUACGAGCUCUUUAUUAAAUAUACAACAUAAUGCCUCUUUCUGCUGCCGAAGUUCAGGCUCAUCCUGAGUUCCCGUACACUACAUGGGAUCUCAAGCCGCAGUCCAAGGGCAAAUUGUCUGUUGCUAAGGGUAGAGGUGGUCCCCUAGAUAUAGCAUGGGAGGUACAUGGCGAGGGUGAGAAUAAGAUGGUGUGGAUCAUGGGACUUGGUGGACUCAAAACCUCAUGGCAAAGACAGACCAAGGACUUCUCUCACACCCAAGGAUCAAAGUACCAGUCUCUGAUUGUUGACAACCGCGGUAUGGGUGAGAGUGGCAAGCCGAUGCAACGCUACUCGACCUCGGAAAUGGCCAAGGAUCUUCUCGAAGUGAUCGAUCACGUCGGCUGGACAAAGGACAGACAACUAAAUGUCGUCGGUAUCAGUAUGGGAGGCAUGAUCGCUCAAGAACUCGCAUACAUGAUCCCCAGCCGCAUCGCAACACUCAACCUCAUCUCCACAGCACCCCGUCUGGUCAAUACAGUCGGCUUCAUCGAGAAUCUACGCAACCGCAUCAACCUCUUCAUUCCCCGUAGCUUGGACGACCAACUCGCCCACGUUAAACACAACAUCUACACCGAAGCCUUCCUCGACGCCCCGGACUGUCUAGAGUACAAGGUUGAGCCUUUCCCUACCAAUGGCGAUCGCUUUGCCGCACAGGAAGUCGCCAAACGUCAGAUGCCGCAAUACUUUAACCGUACUGGAUUCAUGGCACAGGCGAUUGCUGCGGGCUGGCAUCACAAGACUGAUGCGCAGUUGAAGGAGAUUGGCGAUAAGGUGGGUAGAGAGCGUAUUUUAGUUUUGCAUGGUACCAAGGACCGCAUGAUCACAUUCCCUCAUGCAGAGAUGUUGUUGAAGGGAUUGGGUGGUGAGGAAGGCGGUGUUCGCAAGGCUUUCUUUGAUGGUCAAGGACACGUCGUGCCCAUUGAACUCAGGCAAGACUUCAACAAGCUGAUCGAGGAGAUGGUUGAGAAGGGCCAGACCUUGAGUGCAAAGGCAUAAGCAUGAGAUGGACAUUUUGAUGUUUUGUUCUGUAACAUGGAUAGAAAGCGAGGCGUUUCUUGUUGUUCAGAGGAAGAUAGAUUCUCGAACGGUAUAGUUAUUUGGUAUGCAGAUACAAUGAUUCUUUCUGUUCAUGAAGAGAGGGGAUGUUGUACAAGAGGUGUAUGUUUUUGGUAGAGGGAUAUUGGGCCCGGCCGAACAGGAAAAGGGCAAAAACCACCAACGCCGCGCUGCGGUUCCAAGGACGAUAGUAAAACAAGAUGGUGAUGUGAUAUGGCAGAGGUGGUUAUGUCGUCUUCUCCAGCAAUU